CUUACAAUCACAUUACUUGCAAUCAUAUUACUUGUAAUCAUAUAGCAUUGUCAAGUACCAAACGCUUUUAAUCAUGUCAUCAGGUAGCCAAGUAGCUUUUCUCCUUCUGUAGUGAGAGAGCUAGAGAUGAUCAUGGCCUCAGAGAACAGAAUAGACUGUGCUGAAAAUGAGGUGCAUCAGCCACUGUUACAUUACUACAAAUCUUUCUCACCUGAGCCAUGUGUUUCUGAUCUUCUUGAAGAUACGCUAUCAGAUAACAGUUUAUCAUUGUUUUGGCGAAUCCAGAGAGCUACAUGGAUUGAGCUCGGUAUCCUCUUCCACCUCGCUGCCCCUGCAGUCGUGGUUUACCUGUUCAACAAUCUCAUCUCCAUGUCCACCCAAAUUUUUUGUGGCCAUCUUGGCAAUCUUGAGCUUGCUGCAGCUUCGCUUGGUAACAAUGGUAUCCAAACUUUUGCUUAUGGGCUCAUGCUAGGGAUGGGAAGUGCAGUGGAGACACUGUGUGGACAAGCUUAUGGGGCAAACAAGUACGGAAUGCUAGGCAUCUAUCUCCAAAGAUCAACAAUCCUUCUUAUGGCAACUGGGAUCCCACUUAUGAUCAUCUACAUAUUCUCCAAGCCCAUCUUGCUCUUACUAGGAGAAUCAGCCACGAUUGCAUCUGCAGCAGCAGUCUUUACUUAUGGCCUCAUUCCACAAAUAUUUGCCUAUGCUGCCAAUUUCCCCAUACAGAAAUUCCUACAAGCCCAAAGCAUAGUGUUCCCUAGUGCAUGCAUUUCAGCAGCUGCACUUGCACUACACCUUUUAAUGAGUUGGCUUGCGAUAUUCAAACUGGGCUGGGGGUUGUUGGGUGCAUCAUUGGUGUUGAGUUUAUCAUGGUGGAUCGUAGUCGCAGCACAAUUUGUGUACAUCGUAAUGACUGAAAAGUGCAAGCACACAUGGACAGGUUUUAGCCUACAGGCUUUCUCUGGACUAUGGGACUUCUUGAAGCUAUCCGUAGCAUCUGCUGUCAUGCUGUGCCUAGAAACUUGGUACUAUCAGAUAAUAGUUUUGAUUGCUGGGUUGCUCAAAAAUGCUGAAAUUGCCCUGGACGCUCUUUCCAUCUGCAUGACGAUAUGCGGAUGGGCUUACAUGAUUGCAGUCGGCUUCAAUGCGGCUGCAAGUGUGAGGGUCAGCAACGAGCUGGGGGCUGGACAUCCCAAAUCAGCAGCAUUUUCCGUAGUCAUAGUAACUUCGAGCUCUUUCAUCAUCGCUGCCAUCUUCGCCAUUCUCGUGCUUGUUCUGCGCCAUGUCAUGAGUUAUGCCUUCACCAGUGGUUCAACUGUUGCCGAUGCUGUCUCAGAACUCUCUCCUUACCUCGCCAUCUCCGUCCUACUAAAUGGUAUCCAACCUGUUUUAACUGGUGUGGCUGUGGGGUGCGGAUGGCAAGCAUUUGUGGCCUAUGUUAACGUCGGGUGCUUUUACUUUGUUGGCAUCCCAUUGGGUUGUGUUCUUGGCUUCAAGUUCGACUUUGGUGCGAAGGGAAUUUGGGCGGGGAUGAUAGGAGGCUCUGUUAUACAAACUCUCAUUUUAAUGUAUGUCACAUUUAGUACAGAUUGGACCAAAGAGGUUGAGAAGACAAGGAAUAGGCUGGAUAGGUGGGAAGACAAGAAGGAGCCUCUGUUGAAUUAACUCAUGAACUUGUCACAGCUUCCCAAAUUUCACAUAUUGUGUCAUCAAAUAAAUGCCAUAUAUAUAUGUGUAGACUGCCAAAAUAUUU